AUGGUUAUUCAUAAUUCAGUACUAAAUAAAAAGGGGAAUAUUUGGAUGUUCUGGAAUAAAGCAUUGCCAACUCCAUCUGUGGUUUCAUUAUCAAGUCAAAUGAUUACUGUCAGUGUUGGAGAUACUCUUAUAUCAGGUGUGCAUGCUCAUGUUAGUGUUGUUCAUAGAAGAGUGUUAUGGUCAAAAAUGGAAGCAAUAAGUGCUCUAAAGAAGCCAUGGCUAGUGAUUGGUGAUUUUAAUACUAUAAUUUCUAUUGAUGAAAAGGUUGGAGGGAGAAGUCCUCAUAGAAGAAGUAUGCUUGAUUUUACUGAAUGUUUGGAUAAGUGUGAAUUGAUUCAAGCUCCUCAUUCAGGGUUGCAAUAUUCUUGGUCAAAUGGUCAACAAGGUACUAAAAGAAUUUUAUGUGCAUUGGAUAGAGCAGUCUAUAAUCAGUUGUGGGUGCAGAAGUAUGGAAACUGGAAUUAUAAAAUUGGUAUCAGAAUUGCAUCUGAUCAUGCUCCUUUAUUAGGUGGUAGUAAUGACAUUCCAAAGCCACUAAAUUGUCCAAAAAAUUUCAGAAAAAGUGGUUGUCUCAUCCUGGAUUCAUGGAAGUGUGUGUUUGGAGAUGUUCAUGUCAAAAUAAAAGAAGCUGAAAAAGCAGUAGAAGAAUCAAUGAGUAUUUCAGAUGACAGUCCUUUUGAUGUGGAAUCUUUAAAUACUUUGGUUGAUGCUGAAAACAUUUUUAAUUCUAGAGAAGUUAAGUUGCAAACUUUAUUAAAUCAAAAAGCAAAAAUUGAUUGGGUCAAAGAUGGUGCAGCCAAUACAGCAUUUUUUCAUACAAAUUUAUAG